AUGGAAAAAAUACUUCUGUUAGUUUGUGUGUCCUUUCUUCUUACAGUCCCUUCAAAUGCAAUUUCCUCUUGCAAUGGCCCUUGUAAAACCCUGAAUGAUUGCGAUGGCCAGCUUAUUUGUAUCAAUGGCAAAUGCAAUGAUGAUCCUGAUGUUGGCACCCACAUCUGUAAAGGAGGAGGCACCACCCCUUCAACUCCACCACCUUCAGGCAAUUGCCCUCUUUCUGGCGAACGUUCAUGCAAAGAAAAGUCCUUCCCAACUAAAUACAAAUGCUCACCUCCGGUGACAUCCUCUACGAAAGCCCAAUUAACUUUGAACGAUUUUAGUGAAGGUGGCGAAGGAGGAGACCCGUCAGAGUGUGAUGAGAAGUACCAUGCUAAAAGUGAGAGAGUGGUUGCACUAUCAACCGGAUGGUUCGAUGGACGGUCAAGAUGUGGGAAAAUGAUCAAGAUCACUGCUAGUAAUGGAAGGAGUGUGACGGCUAAGGUUGUGGAUGAAUGUGAUACUUUGCAUGGAUGUGACAGGGAGCAUGGAUUUCUACCACCAUGUGAGAACAAUAUCGUUGAUGGGUCUGAUGCUGUGUGGGAAGCUUUGGGUUUGAACAAGGAUUUGGGUAUUGUGCCUGUUACUUGGUCCAUGGCCUAG